CUCCCGUCGGUACAGUCAUCCUUCUGCCUGUUCGGCGGGACUGAUGGCCGGAGAGAUGACGAUCUUAGGUUCAGCUGUUUUGACUCUCCUCUUGGCAGGCUACUUGGCACAACAGUAUUUACCAUUGCCUACGCCAAAAGUGAUUGGCAUUGACCUGGGUACCACCUACUGUUCGGUUGGUGUAUUUUUUCCUGGGACAGGAAAAGUGAAGGUGAUUCCAGAUGAAAACGGGCAUAUCAGCAUCCCCAGCAUGGUAUCCUUCACGGACGGUGAUGUGUAUGUGGGCUAUGAGAGCCUAGAGCUGGCUGAUUCAAAUCCUCAAAACACAAUCUAUGAUGCCAAACGGUUCAUCGGGAAGAUCUUCACCCCGGAGGAGCUGGAGGCUGAAGUUGGCAGAUACCCAUUUAAGGUUUUACACAGAAAUGGGAUGGCUGAGUUUUCUGUGACAAGUAAUGAAACCAUCAUUGUUUCUCCGGAGUUUGUUGGCUCUCGAUUGCUGCUGAAGCUAAAGGAGAUGGCUGAGGAAUACCUCGGCAUGCCGGUUGCCAAUGCUGUCAUUUCUGUGCCUGCAGAAUUUGACCUACAACAGAGAAAUUCAACAAUCCAAGCUGCCAACCUUGCUGGACUGAAGAUCUUGAGGGUGAUAAAUGAGCCUACAGCAGCAGCGAUGGCCUAUGGUCUCCACAAGGUUGACGUGUUCUACGUGUUGGUCAUAGACUUGGGUGGAGGAACUCUUGAUGUGUCCUUACUGAAUAAACAAGGAGGGAUGUUCCUAACACGAGCGAUGUCUGGAAACAACAAACUUGGAGGACAAGACUUCAAUCAGAGGCUGCUUCAGUAUUUAUAUAAAGAGAUCUAUCAAACAUACGGCUUUCUCCCUUCCAGGAAAGAGGAAAUCCACAGAUUAAGACAGGCGGUGGAAAUGGUCAAGCUAAACUUGACGCUUCAUCAGUCUGCCCAGGUAUCAGUUUUACUCACUGUAGAGGGGAAGGACAGCAAGAAACCUCAAAAUGGUGACUCUGAACUGCCAAAAGACCAGCUUACCCCAGGGGAUGGUCACCAUAUGAACAGAGUGUUUAGACCUGGCCUUUCUGAAAGCAAGAGUGGAAAAAGUCAGGUUUUAUUUGAGACAGAAGUAUCCCGCAAGCUCUUUGAUACCCUCAAUGAAGAUCUCUUUCAGAAAAUACUCGUACCCAUUCAGCAAGUAUUAAAAGAAGGCCUCUUAGACAAGACUGAAAUUGACGAGGUGGUUCUAGUUGGGGGUUCUACUCGUAUUCCUCGGAUCCGCCAAGUUAUUCAGGAGUUCUUUGGAAAGGACCCGAAUACAUCUGUAGACCCUGACCUGGCAGUGGUGACAGGAGUGGCCAUCCAAGCUGGGAUUGAUGGAGGCUCCUGGCCUCUCCAAGUUAGUGCUUUGGAAAUUCCCAAUAAGCAUUUACAGAAAACCAACUUCAACUGAACUCUGAGGGAGUGCUGGUAACUGAUCUUGUCUUGGGGUAUUAAGGAUUUCCAUGUGACGCCUCCUCCAGAAAAGAAGUCCAUGAAGUCACUCAAAAAUUCCCAAAAGGACAUUUAUACAGGACAACUUGACAUAGUGUUUUGUUUUAGAAUCGAAUAUGACCAGAUGAGUCUUGUUUGGGUGUGUAAAAAAAAAAAAAAAAAGCUCAGUAUUUCUAAAGUAACACAGUUGAGUAAAACUCUCCUGGAUUCUGGAAGUAGGUAGCCAUCCGCACUUACUAGUCUGGAAACUUGAAAUAGUGCCAACUAUGAGGCCCAAGUUCUUACUGAAUUGUAUUAGUAGGGGCUGAUAAUUUCUUGAAGGACUGUUAUGUCAGGUAUUUACACUGGCUGGGAGAGAGCAGUAUUAUUAAACUGCAUAGAUAGUAUUCACCAACUGCCAUGUAAUUUGUAUUUUCAAAAAUCCACUAUCUUUUUACAUAUUACAUCCUCCUAAUCUACAGAUUUUAAUAUAUUUGAAAGACCAGUUUUUCUUCCCAAAAUAGCUAAAGAUUUAUUCAGAUUUCUUUCUGCCAGAUAGUAGACAUGCCCUGUUUAAACUGUAGUCUUUUUAUCUUGAGGGCGUCAUUUUCUGCUUGUAUUUUCACACCUCUGCUUUGUAAGAAUAAAAAAGACCGUAGAAAGUUACCAGUUGCCUUUUCCAAGCGUUGAUGUCACAAUAAAGCUGUAUUACUCUCUCCAUUUGUUUUUGCUAUCCAAGACCAUUGGAUAUUUGUAGCAGCUGUUUGGUUUUGGUUAUGUUGUUUCCCCUUUUCCCAGGAUCAAACCUAGAAAUGCAGGACUAUAGUCAAACUACUUUAGACAUUGAGGCAAGGGGCUCACAAGUUCAAAGCCUGUCUGAGCUACCCAGGAAGUUCUAGACCAAUAUAGGCAACUUAGUGAGAUCCUGUUGCUGUCUCAAAAACCGAGAGGGAGAUAGGGAGGGGAAGAAGAAAGCAAGCCAGAUGGCCACAAGGGCCAGUGAAGAAAAUAUUCUUAUGUUGACUUUGUGAUGCCCAUGUUGUUGGAAGAUAUAUGUCAUUAUAUUUGCUUUAAUGAAAGUAUUCACAUACAAGAAUUAUAUCCUGGCUAUCUUGUUCAUUUAAAGUAUAUCCUGUUUAUCAGUGUUGUAAUAACUAAAAAAGAGAACUAAAAUUUUGAACAAGAUCAAGCGCUUCAGCUUCCCAAAGAGUAAUGCAGGAAUGUGGUAGAUUUUGGGUUGGGGGGGGGUGUUUGUUUGUUUGUUUGUUUGUUUUGCAGCUUUAUAAUUUUUUUUUUUUUUUUGCUCAGUAGUGAAGUUGCGAUUAAAUUAACAGUCAUUUCCAUGUACCAAAGCGCGUGCAAUUAGGUAGAUAGAUAAACAUCAAAUGCUGUGCUUUUAUUUUAGAACUAAUGGAGAAAUGCCAAAGAUGAGCCCUUCACAGCAUUGUGAAAAUAUUCAAGACUGUGAAUCUUUGAUUUUCAGAUUGAAAAACAUCUGGGAACAUGUUUGAGGCUACAUGUACUGCAGUCUCCACAUGUACUUGGAAUUCUCACGUUAGCCAUUUAGGAUUAUAAACAGCAAACUUGAAUUUCUCAGUUGUAUGACAACUCAAGACAUGAACAAAAUCAAUUUGCAGAAUAGAACAGAUAAAUAAUACUAAAAUGGGAAGAUAAAUAUUUUUUUUUGAAAAAACAGGAUGAUGGUGUUGGAGGUGGGGCUAUGUAGUUAGCAUCCUCUUCCCUAGUAGUUACAAUGUUAAAACCAUGAAGGAAAUUGUCUUCAAUCAAUUAGAGUCAUGUGACUAAUCCUGACACCAGUGUAGUUUAUUUAAAAGGUACAAAUGAAUCCUGAAAGGGGCCAUUUGUUAAACUCUGAGAUCAUUUUUCAUAAAAUUUGCUUUUUAGUUGUACAUUUGGCUAAGGCUUUUUUUUUAGUAUGUAACUUUAAAAAUACUAAGUAAUAUGUAAUUUAUUUUAUAUCAAUGUUUUGGUACUACGUUUUCACUCAAACCACUUAUCAGAUACCACUGUGUAUAAUAUGAAUUCAAUAUGACAGUUACUGUAUAGAACAGAUUGUGCCUCUUAAAAAUGUGUGUACAGGUAAUUCAUAUUUUGUUGUAAAUCUAUAGCAAUUUGACUUUUAAAUUGUGUACUUUAUUUUCCACCCAUGACUAGCUUGGAGUAUAUUUUUGAUGUAUAUAAAUACAAAAAGAGAGAGAGCCGAUGUGAUGCUUACAGACGUUUACUAGCAAGUGAUAAAAUCUCAGAAGUGUCACAUCUUACUGCAUUUACUGUAUCCCAUGUCUCCUGGCAUUUCUGCUGUUUUCUGCAUAGUUCUCAUUUAGAAGAGCUAGUUCUUAUGCGAACAGUUCCUUUAGAACUUUGAUUAACAAGCUAUGGCUUGUAACCAGUGGAGUUAAGUGCUGACUUGAUCCACAAAGUUAAUGAGUCUGUGUACCCUCCCCCCCAACUGUAAUCUUUUCAGUUGACAGUUAGUACUUCAUAAUUUUCUAAUAAAGUCUGUGUUAGUCUUUUGGACAAA